AUGAAACGACUGCGUCCCGCACGGACACUCCAACACUCACACACAACGCGCGCAAUGACAUACAGAAACGGACACAAUGGCAUCUCUGCAUGUAUGAAUCGACAGGCAGACGGAUACACAAACCAAUGUGAACCUUUGGGAAGAAGGGCAACUGGUAUGCAUAAUGGGUCUCUACCAUGCAAGGGGACACUCGCACAUAUACAUAUGCACGCUUACAUAUACACACACAUACACACACACGCACACACACACACAUGUGCAUGCGUAUAUGAUCACUACCCUAAUAAACGCCUUACUACAACAACUGUAAUAUUUUUCACUGGAAUAACAGCUAUUAAUGCAACAUUCACUACCACAAUAACAAAUAUCUUCGCCUCUUUUCCUCCUAUUCAUAAAUGCUAUGUACUUCUACCAAACAGUACCAAUGGAAUGUACGAAAUGAAAACCAUUCUAAGGGAGAAAAAAGGGGAGGAUAUGUCAGAUUGCAGCUGA